GUUACUGUUGGCAGCAGAGGAACAGCAUCAGGAAUUGCUAUUGGCAAUUACUUGACUGGCUCAAAACUCAAGUAAGGCUCCAGUUUGCAUUGAAAUAAUAGUUAUUUAUAUUCAACCAUGCGUUUGCUUGGUUAAAAGAGAUAUUUGUGCUUUGCUCAAAAUGUGAUCAGUUUUCUAUGGAUUAUGACUGAAAAUGCCAAUUUUCUGUAUUUUUUUUUUUUUUGGUUUUGGAAAAUUUAUCAUAAGGGUUGAUAUAGAGCCUUCAAAGGCAAAAUUACUCCAUUUUUCUGACCUGUUUUCACUAAUAGAGGUAGUGUUCCUGGCUAAGCAACGUAAUAUACUGUAAAUUAAAAAAAGUACAAAAUGAAAAUAGAGUAUAUAUAGAAAAAUAAUUGAAGCAAUGUAAAUUAAUGUUUUAAUUUUUAAGGCAAUGAUAGUGGACUACUUGGUAAACAGAAAACAACAACAAACAAACAAAAAAAAUCAAUGGCCUUGAAAGGCAGUAGUUAAGGCACUUUCUAGUCAGUCAAAAAGAAAUAAAGAAGGAAAAGCAAAGCAAAGCAAACUGUCCCCAUUGCAAUUCAAAACCUAUGUUUGCUUUUCUUUCUGUUUUGCUUCUGUUCUUUUGUUGGGAAAAGUGAAAUUUUGAAUCUUUAUGGCUCGGCCAGUAAGAUUUGAAAAAAAGUUGUGGCUAAUUAAAGAGAUCUACUGCUUCUUAAUGAAUUAUUCAUGAGUUUACAGUUGAUAGUUUUGAUCGGCUGAACUUCCAGUGGAGGAGAGGCUCCCCUCAGAGGGGGCACCAUUUUUUAGGCUUCAGUAGGGGCGUAGCCAGCCCACAGACCAGUAGAGCUGGGCCUACAAAUUUUGAUCACUCUACCGUGUGUAAUAAACAGUUUAACUAUGCAUUGUUGGGGUGAGCUAAAAAGCUUACGAGCUCAAAGUGUUGGUGAGGUCAGUGCGUACGAGCUAUGCGUGCAAUUUUCAGGAUGUGUGGAAAUGACAGUCAGCCAUGCCUAAAACUAGUCAAAAAGCUGGCUACACCCCUGUUUUGGUACAGUGUAUAAGAAAACGUAGGAAUUUCGAGUAUACAAAAAAAUAGGGAAAUCGGUGAUUUUGGUCUCGCUGUAACUAAGGACCAAAAGGGCUGACAUAUGCAUUAUUUUUGUGGCUGUGAAAUAGUUGAGAAAAUGCUCUGGCUUAGUGGUUUAUUCAUAUGAAAAGACAGUGAAUUUACAGCAGCUAAAAGGGUCGCAGAGUUCUAAUCUAGGUGUGUGAAAGGGGUACCAUUUUUCAAUAGAAGGUAUACGAAAGGGGGACCUUUUCUGUAAAAAAUGGUGUAUAAUGUAAAUGGUAAGGGAUUGGACCUUCAGGCAAAGCCUCUCCGUAUAUAACUUUGUAAAAAAAAAAAGGAGAAGAAAAAUUUUGCCUCUUUUUAACUUUGUAGAUGCCAUGCAGUUAAUGUGUCUGACAAUGCAGCUUACUUUUACAAUAAAAUCAAUGAAGACCUUAGGAGAGGGGGAAUUGACGUUAGAGCAGAGGAUAUUAUAGAUAUUAUUGAUGGGUAUAAAGGAGGAGAUUAUGGUGUGUCAACUCAACAUGAACUAGGUAGGUAGGACUGGGGGAAUUGAUGUCAAAGCAGAAGAUAUUAUAGAUAUUAUUGAUGGAUACAAAGGGGGAGAUUAUGGUGUGUCAACUCAACAUGACCUAGGUAGGUAGGACUGGGGGAAUUGAUGUCAAAGCAGAAGAUAUUAUAGAUAUUAUUGAUGGCUACAAGGGGGGAGGAUAUGGUGUGUCAACUCAACAUGAACUAGGUGGGUAGGACUGGGUGAAUUGAUGUCAAAGCAGAAGAUAUUAUAGAUAUUAUUGAUGGAUACAAAGGGGGAGAUUAUGGUUUGUUAACUCAACAUGAACUAGGUGCACGCUUGUUAGGACUGGCUAAAUUGUUUUUCAAGCAGAAGGCGAUAUUGUUGACGGAUGCAAAAGGAGUGUGAGUAGGUGCAUUCAACUGCUCACGGGAUUGGUUGGGAAAACAAUGAAUAAACAAAGUUAAGAAUAGACCUUAGCCCCGAAACAAAAGAGCUGCGACAUAUCGAGGUACAACGAAAUUUAAUGCUCAAUCGAUAUGAGGCAGGUGGGUAGUCUGGUGGUCAAACAGAAGAAGUGUUUGAAAGGGGGAUCCAUUUGUGCACACUGUUAAAGUUGCUUGGUAAAACAUUACGGAAUAAUGCACACUAGACUGUACCUGCAACUCCCAAAACAUCCCCCGCUAUCCCUGACUCUUCUCAUAGGUUUGCCACUUAGUUUAAUUCGAAAACAUGGGCAAUCUUUCUGGCUCCUUCAAUUCACAUGACAUACAAAUUACAAUACAACUGAUUCCAGCUAAGUCUUUGGCAAUAUUUCUCUGUGACGUCAUAUAUUCUGUCAUGUUACCAACUUCAAAGACUUUGAGGGGAAGAACUGACUGAGUCACUAGUAAAAUACAAUGUAGCAAUUGACUGAGACGUUUGGUGUGACGCAAUAAGAGGUGUGCGUUGUAUUUUGUUUUCAAAUUGCAGAGAAUAUUAUUGAGAUCUCAAGAACAACUGGAAUAUUGGUAGAUCCAGUGUACAAUAUAAAGGCAAUUAGAGGAAUGUUCACAGAGAUGAAGAGUAAUCCUGGUAGAUUCAAAGGAAAAAGAGUACUUUACAUCCAUACAGGUACAAGAUUUCAUCACUAUCUUCCUCAGUCUGACUGGGGGUUUAAUUUAGGCUUUCUGUCUUUGUUGAGAAGCAUGUUGUAAAUUCAAUAAUUCACACUCCCCUGUCAAUAUGCUACGCGAAAUACAAAUUUUAUACUCGUUGUCAGUCUGGCGAUAGGUAUACCCCCGGAGGUAAGGAGGUAUACCUAAUGCUAAUGUCACUAAUUGAGUACUGAAAAACAAAAAUGCAUACUGUAUACUUGCUUACACUGUACAUUGACCUAAGAGAUAUAUGACGGAAUCCGAAGAGUCCAUUGGAUACUAAUAAGUGCUGUUUUUAGAUUUCUUAUCUCGCUAUAUUAGCUGUGUUCACAAACGUGCGCAGUCCAACAUGGCAGUUGACCUCCGUGCCAUAGUUUCCUUAUAUUGUUUCUCACAGCGUCCAAGAUUCUUCAGCCAGUUAAACUCUCCUCGCCAAACACUCCGUCGACCUCAUUCACCACCCCUCUGCUGUAAUUGGUUGAGAGUAUUUUGGCGCCACAAAUGGAUCUAUAAAUAGCCUGAAAAUCUACCACGCUGGGCCACCCGGGCCUUACGAUGUAUAUGACAGAUAUGCGCCCCUAGCGAAUGGCUCUUGUUAAUGAUGCCAUUUUUUUAUUUUUCAGGUGGGGUGUUUGGUUUGUAUGAUGGCAGAAUGGAUUCACUGAUCACGCAGUCUGCAGAAGGAACAAAGCAGGUCUUUUAUUGGGGAGAUAUCAAUGAUUCUUUACCGUGCUAA